CAGCUUUCUGGAUAACAGGUUUCUGUAAUAAUAAUAGUCUGACUUCCCCAGCCAGGCAUGGACUGAGAUUUAAAAUGGGUACUGUGCAGAGAGGCCCAAACAGCCCCCCACCAGCCCACUAAAUACUAAAUAGUGACUGCCUAUAGGCAGUGUGGCAGCAUGGUGCAAGGAGGGCUGGGUAUCUAUCUGUGUGACACACAGAGCAUUAUUAUAGUCAUUUUGAAAGUGUUCUCAUAAACUGUAGUAGCUCUUUUCUUAUAUAUCUGUGGAUCAUAACUAAAUGUUGUAGAUGUAACUUUUGUCUUGCCCCAAAGCCUUAGAUUUUUGGGAUAUAAUAUUUUCUCAACCAGGAAAUGGAACCUAGAAAUGGUGAAACUUGCCCUUCUCUGUAUGCAUGUCUGCCAAACUAACCUGGACUGUGCCUUUUAUAUUAGGGUAAUCUAGAGAACUGCCCAGAAGCAAAAACAUUUCAGUGGCGAUUCUAAUCCAAACUGCCAGGACCCUGUCUGGUAGAUCAAGGUCAUACUGGGAGCAGUCUUCUCCCCAUUAAAAUGCCACACACGCUGACAGAUUUAGCUGAGUUUUGCAUACAGCAUCACAACAUAUUAACUUUCAGAAAGAUAUUCUAAAUAUCAAAAAGCUGGUUUAUGUUUGAAUUAAACAGUGACUUGGAGUCUAACAUUCAUGAGAAAAAAAUAAUAGUAGCCAAAAAUAGACCAAGAACAAUGAGGUACUUUAAUAGCCAAUUUCCCUGCACAAAGAAUGAAAUGCUUUUAACCCAAUAGUUGAAACAGCUUAACAGAAAAAAUGUUGAGGCUGUUUUUAACAAUGUUCUAUUGUAUGCUGCUUUUAAUAAAAUUAUGAGAGAUGUUAAGAAGGUGAUCAUAGAUUUAUAACCAGACUGAAUCAAAAUAGAAGUAUUUUCACUUAUCUCUAGUUACCUUGUCAGUAGAACCUUUCUUACCUAGUUCUCUUCUCUUGAUCACUUUAACAUUUCUUAAGCCUUUCUGUAUCCCCACUUUCUUAUUUUUCAUUAUACUUUCCAUACCUUUUACUACUUUUUUUCUGCUUCUGUCUCUCAUUCAUGCUAUUAUCUCUUUCCCAUCUAGUUGCUUGUCAUGUAGUUGCCCAUAUGUAAUGAGUAAAUCAAGGCCUAAUGGCUGGCUGGACCUGAGCGUGUUAAGAAUUCAACUGGAACUCUGGAACUGGCAGAUUGAUAUUCUGUUGACAACUGUAACAUUUUCACUGCUGUCAUAUUCCAGAAAUAUAACUGAAACACCCACUACAUGGCAGCCUGUGUAAACCUGUCCAGCCUGUGUAAACCUAUUUAUCAAAGGGUGAAAAUAGAGCUCACCAUAAUUCAUUAGAGGGGCAGCUCUCUCUUCACUUGUAUAGGUUUUUUGGGGGGCAUAUAUAUCAAUGGAUCAUAUCUGUUGCAUUAUGGAAAUUAAUUUUUGAUAAACAUGCCCCAAUAAGGACAUGUAAACUCUUCAUUUUCUUACCAUGUAUAUAAGUUGUGCAAAUCCUUAUCACCAAAACCACACCAUUUGCACUGUAUAUAUAUUCCCUCCGUUCACUAGCACCAUCAUAUUUUCCUAAAACAAAUAGCAGUGUUCACUGGCGGCCAUUUUGCCUCUUGUACAUCUUCAGUGACAUCUCUAUCUGCAAACAGCACAUGUGCGUUGUAAAGUUCAUGCUAUGAAGAAUGCAGGCUUACACAGACAGAACUUACUUUGAUACAAAUUUCUGUUUCGAUUGAGCACUAUAAUGGUUAAAAAAAAACAUGUUUCACAUGUUGCACAACUAGAGCAGAGUUUAUUUGGAAAUCAGCAAUGACCUUUCUUCAUUUGCUGCUAGACUUGAGAUUGUAUUUUGUUACCUGAGUUGAGAAGACCAGAGCAUGCUCAGUAGCCAAAAUCCAAAGCAAAUUCCUAAGGGGGCGAGUGAGUUAUAUGAGGAGAAGGAAUCCUUAGUGAUUAUGGGGAUGCUCCAGCCUUACUUACAGGUAUUUAAUAUUUUUUAUAUAUUUCUUAUUUAUUUAACUGAAAAAAAAACAUAUUUAGGUUUAUGUAGUUCCAAAUUCUGCUUAUUGUUUCAUGGAAACACUUCACACUUCACAGGUGCCAUACAAACAAAUGAUGAAUAUAAGAAAUAAAAAUAUUAAACACUGCAGGAUAAGAAACCCCUGUUGCUCGUUCCAGUGACACUUGGCAAAUGGAACUGAAAGCUGUAGUCUGCCGACUAAGAAAGUGCAAGGUUUCCUGUUUUGAGUGUGAUAGUUGUAGAUAACUUUUGAGCCUUGGACAGGAAAUCCGCUUUGCUUGUUAAGUGUGACCUAACGGCAUCUCAAGAGCAGACUUAGAAUCAUCACAACACUGCUUACAACCAACAGCUAUGGGAGAGUCGGUAGAGAAAAGCACGGAUGACUUUAUUAUUUCAUUGAACAGUGAGUGCCCCAAAGAACUGGGUGAGCUCAUUGAGAACUCCAGUGGCGAUAACAGAAAAUUUGAUGACACCGGAUUUACUUUGGCUCUACAGAGUGGGCUUGAAAACCUAAGGCUUGAAAACUCCCUGACAGAUGUUGUCUUGUGUGUUGGUGACAAGGUGUUCCCUUGCCACAGGGUGGUUCUGGCGGCAGCGAGCAAUUAUUUUAGGGCCAUGUUCUGUAAUGACCUGAAAGAAAAAUAUGAAGAGAAAAUUAUAAUCCAAGGAGUUGAGCCAGAGACCAUGCAGAUUAUCUUGGAUUAUACUUACACAAGCAAAGUGGUGAUUACAAAACUCAAUGUGCAAAAAAUCUUGGAAGCUGCCAGCCUUUUCCAGUUUCUACGAAUGGUGGAUGCCUGUUCCAGUUUCCUUACAGAAGCCCUUCAUCCAGAAAACUGUGUUGGAAUCUUGAGACUUGCAGAUGCUCACUCGCUGGAAUCGCUGAAGGUGCAGGUUCAGAAUUACAUUAUUCAAAAUUUUUCCCAAGUAUUGAACCAAGAGGAUUUUUUUGAACUUCCGUUUGAAAUCCUCUUUCAUAUGCUGAAGAGUGACGAUCUGUAUGUUACAGAGGAAGCCCAAGUGUUUGAGACUGUUAUAAACUGGGUAGAAUAUAAGAAGUCAGAGAGACUUGAACUGUUGCCAAAAAUUAUGGAAUGUGUCCGUCUUCCCUUGCUGGAUCCUUGGUAUCUUGUUGGCAAUGUAGAAGCUAAUGAACUUAUAAGACAGUGCCCUGAUGUAUUUCCUUUAAUGCAGGAAGCACGGAUAUACUACAUGGCUGGAAAUGAGGUCAUUUCUGAAAGGACAAAGCCGCGCAUCCAUGAGUUCCAAUCAGAAGUGUUCAUGAUCAUCGGGGGAUGCACAAAAGAUGAGAAGUUUGUCACCGAGGUGACUUGUCUUGAUCCCCUGAGAAGAAGUCGCCUUGAAGUUGCAAAAUUACCAGUUUCUGACCAUGAAAAUGAAAGUGAGAACAAGAAAUGGGUUGAAUUUGCAUGCAUCACCUUUAAAAAUGAGGUAUAUAUAUCAGGUGGAAAAGAUACCCAGCAGGAAGUCUGGAAAUAUAAUUCAUCCAUUAACAAAUGGAUACAAAUAGAAUAUUUGAAUGUGGGCAGAUGGAGGCAUAAGAUGGCCGCACUUUGUGGAAAAGUAUAUGCUAUCGGAGGAUUUGAUGGCAGUCAGAGAAUUUACAGUGUUGAAGUUUAUGACCCAUUCCAUAAUGGAUGGACAGAGGUAGCUCCAUUACUCAUCAGUGCAAGUUCCUUUGCUGCCGCGUGCCACCAGAAGAAGCUUUAUGUUAUUGGUGGUGGGCCAAAUGGCAAGCUGGCUACAGAUAAAACUCAGUGCUAUGAUCCAGAAACCAAUAAAUGGUGCUUAAAAUCACCAAUGCCUGUAGAAGCCAAAUGCAUCAAUGCCGUGAGCUUCAAUGAUCACAUCUAUGUUGUCGGUGGAGCUAUGAAAGCACUGUACUCGUAUAGCCCUCUUGAAGAUACCUGGUGCUUAGUAACAAAGUUCACCCAUGAAAGGGCAAGCUGUGGGAUAGCAGCGUGCUGCAAUAAAAUAUUCAUAACCGGGGGUCGAGAUGAAAAGAACGAGGUGAUUGCCACUGUUUUGUGCUGGAAUGUUGAGACUGAAAAACUGACCGAAGAGUGUGUUCUUCCAAGAGGUGUCUCACAUCAUAGCAGUGUAACAAUACGAAAGUCUUACACACAUAUACGCAGGGUAAUACCUGGAGCUGUUUCUGUCUGACCAGAAGCAAAGGCAGUGUGUCUUAGACACAGAACAAUUCUGUUGGACUCUUGUACUGGAGACCCUUGUACAGUAUACUAAAUGGACUCUUCCGCUAUUGCCUUAACAGAGGUAGAGUUAAGGUUUGUAUGAUAUGAAAGACUAUUCUAUUAUUUUUAAAACUUCUAAAUUAAAAAAAAAUCGGUAAAUCGGUAAUGUGUUCUUUUUUUAGAGAAAAUUGGGAGCAGAUUGCAGAAGCAAUUAUCUUUUUGACUUUUGUACAUACUCAUAUCCCAAUAACCUGUUUCAAUGUACAUGUUGAUAGUGACCCUUUGAUGUGAGGGAGUUUGAUAAAGGGGUUGCAAAAUAAGUGAUAUAUCUGAUCAUAUUGAUUCCAUUAUUAAAACACUUCUACCUUUUCCUCAAGAAAGCCAAAAGUAUGUGGACACCAGGUUGUUCAAUUGCCCAUUCUCAAACUAAAUGUAUUAAUAUGAAGUUGGCCUUUUCUAUGCAUCUACAACAGCUUUGCCUUCUACUCUUAAGGGAAGGCUUUCCACUAGGUGUUGGAACAUUGUUUCCAUUUAUGAAUAAGAAUUUGGGUGCUCACAUUGGGAGAUCAAGCCUGGCUUGCAUUAAUUCAUCCCACAGGUGUUGCGCUGGGCUAAUGUCAGAGUUCUGUCAUUAAUGUUCUUUCUCUCCCAUCUCUGCAUGGACCUUACUUUUUACAUGGGGUUAUUAUCUGAUGAAUUAGGAAAAAGCCUUCCCCAAACUAUUGCCACAGUAGGAAGCAAAGCAUUGUCAAGAAUGCCAUUCCAAGAUGCAGUGGAAAGCCGAAGCGACGUGUAAGCCUUUCCACCAGCGAUUCCCUUUGUGGCAUUUCGAUUAAUCACCAGCGGUAGCAGAGAUCUAUUGCCAGCAACUAAAUCGCUCCGUGGGCCUUAAAAUACUUUAGACCAUAUGGUGUCUAUAAGUAUACAGUAAGGAUUAGUGGAACAAUCUUCUCUACUGUAUAAACAACAAAACUUCUGAGUUUGGCAAAUACAUCAUCUGAAUGUGUUAAAGCAGUAUAAAUGUUCUCCAUACUAUUUAGUUAGCCUGUUUGGUGGCUAUGGCAUUGUGGGAUAGGAGUCUAGGUAUUAUCAGGUAUGCCAACCCAGUCCUGUACUGCCUUGUGGAUUUCCAGAAAACAGGCACUGAUGGUGGAAGAACAGAUAUGAAAGAGACGUCCCUCAUUCUUGACAUUAUUAUGCAUUUAUUAUUUAAUAUUAAGGUUGUAAAAUAAGAUGUAAUUUUUUUGUCUAACAGCAGGCUGAAGACUAAGUUUAUAAGUACAUUUUUUUUAAAAAAACAUCAAUGCAUUUGUAUUUUGUACAAUAAAGUAUGUGAACCCUCUUA